GCUACAACCAACCGGAAGCUACGAGACACAGUCGCUCUGGAGCUGAGCUUUGUCAAUUCAAAUUUACAGUUGCUCAAGGAGCAGCUGGCCGAGCUGAACUCAUCUGUGGAGAUCUAUCAAAGCGAGAGUCAUGAAGGUAUUAUGCCCAUGAUCCCGCUGGGCCUCAAGGAGACAAAGGAGAUCAACUUUAUGGAACCAUUUUCGGACUUCAUAUUGGAGCACUACAGCGAAGAGCCGUCAAUAUAUAUGGAUGCCAUAGCCGAUAUGACAGACACCAGACAGGCAUCAAAGACGCCCUCACGUGAUGGCCUGGGUGUUGCGUUGCUCUUCCGUUACUACAAUCUAUUGUAUUAUGUGGAACGGCGCUUCUUUCCGCCCGAUCGCAAUCUGGGCGUUUACUUCGAAUGGUACGACUCGCUGACCGGUGUGCCCUCCUGCCAGCGCACCAUUGCCUUCGAGAAGGCCUGCACGCUGUUCAAUCUGGGCGCCAUUUACACACAGAUCGGUGCACGUCACGACAGGCGCACCGAACGGGGCCUGGACGCAGCCGUUGAUAGUUUUUUGCGUGCGGCUGGGGUCUUUCGGCACAUCUACGAUACGUUCACCAAUGCACCGUCGAUGGACCUGAAGCCGCAGGUACUGGAUGUGCUCGUCUCGCUCAUGUUGUCCCAGGCACGCGAAUGCCUGUUCGAGAAGCUGCAGCUACAGAUCGAGGCCCUGGGCCUAACUGAGUCCAGUCAUCUCUUUCGGGACUUGGCCGGCGAGGCGGCACAGCUGUCGCUGGAGUACAAUGAAAUGCAUAAGAAUAUCCAAGUGAACGACACCCACACCUAUUUGCCGGAGUGCUGGGCGGGUCUGGUGCCGCUCAAGGCCGAGCUGUACAAAGCUUUGGCACAUCAUUACGAGGCGCGGAGCAUUGAUACCACUGUGGGCGACGCCGACAACGUCUCGUUGGGCACCAAAAAGAGUCAGGCGGCAUCGUCGAACGAAUCGUUCAUUGGCAAUGCGCGGGAGGCACUGCGUGCCACCGAGGCGCACAGCGUUUGCGAGGAGGAGACCGUCAGCGCAGCUGCCAUCAAGCGCACCCACUUGAAAGAAGCUCUGGCUAGUCACGAGGAGGCGCAGCGCUUGCAGCGCAUGUGCCGCUACCUGAAGAACAAAACAUCGCUGACGCAGGUCAUCAAGGAGGCGUACUACAAGACCCAGGACGAAUAUGAACGAUUCUGCCUUCAGGCGCCGGUCAAGAACAUAGAUGAGUGCUACGAUCUAACCGAGCGAGUUGUGGAAGCUUCCUCGAAGUUCACGCUGACGUUGACGGGUCCGGACUUUACGUCGUACAAAGUGGAGGAUCCGUUCAAGCGGCUCGGCCCCAUUGCAAUAUUCUCCGCACGCCGCCACUGGACAGCGCCGCGCUGUGUUCGCCUGCAGAAGGGCUCGGCCAUAUAUCAUGAUGCGAGCAGCUAUCAUUGCCACUGUCCCAGGGGCGACGAGAGUCACGAGGCCGGCUGCAGCCUGUACAAGGAGGAGCUAGAGAAUUUCGGAUUUCAUGUGCGUGGCGAUGCGCCCGUCAUAAUAGCACAUGUCGAGAUCAAUUCAUUGGCCGAUUUGGGCGGCAUCAAGGAGGGCGAUUUUAUUGUAGAAAUCGCCGGCAUGGAUGUCAAAUGGUAUUCGCAUCAGCAGGUCGUACGGCUCAUACAAUCCUGUGGCACUACACUGGAACUCAAGGUCAUUACGCCCAUGGAUCGCAAUUAUCUAAAGCCACUCUCGUCAAAAGGCUCCAUAUCAACGUUAUCGGCUGCCAGCUCAUCGGGCGUUUCGUCCGGCUCAUCUAGCCCCACCAGCACCACCACAAAGCCCAAGCUGCGGCUCAAGAACUCGGCCAAGACGCGCUUUGUGGGCAGCGUGUCGUCCAGCUCGUGGAAUCCCUUUCGACGUACGCCGAGUCUGGCGAAGAUAUUUUAAGGGCUCUUUGACAGUUAGCUCUAGGGAUUGCUGAUAGUUUAAGUUAUGCUUUAAUUUCCGCAGCAGUGGCCAUUAUUUUGCUUGAAUGCAAAUUGGAUUUUUUUUCACACACACACACACCCACACACUCACAUAUAUAUGUAUAUAUAUGUAUAUGUGUAUAUAUAUAUAUGUAUUCUUAUAUGUGCUAAGCCAAGUCUUUAUUGAACCCAUAUGCUUUGCUCUGGAUGAGCCCCAACACAUAAUUCCAUUUAUUUUCCGACAACAUGGAAAAUAUCUGUGAGAAUGUGAAUGAAUCAUGCAUUGAUAACGGUACUCGAUAUGUUUGAUCAUAGUAUAUAAAUGCAAUAAUCCAUGCUGAAUCGAAGAAUUCAGUACCUAACAUUUUGUGCAAAAUGGUGUAUAACACUUGAAACAGACGGAGAUAGCGCGAGAGAUGGAAAGAAAGGAAGAAAAUGUGCCGCAAAACACCCCC